AUGACCAACACGGCAGCAUCCAUCGCGCGGGGUGCCAACCGAGUGUUGAAGCUCGGCAUGAUGCCAGCGGACGGCAUCGGACGAGAAGUGUUGCCAGCAGCUCAACGAGUUCUUCAAGCCACUCCCGGAGCUCCGCAAUUCCAAUUCAUUCCUCUCGCUGCCGGUUUCGAGCAUUUUCAAAAGACUGGCUCGGCUUUGCCCGAAGAAACUGUAAGGAUCCUCAAGGAGGAGUGCGAUGGCGCCAUGUUUGGAAGCGUUUCUAGUCCUAGUCACAAAGUGGAGGGCUACUCUAGUCCCAUCGUCAAGCUGAGAAAAGAGCUGGACUUGUAUGCUAACAUCAGACCCGUUGUGGGUGUAAGAGGAACCAAGGAUGAAGACAAAUGGGUGGACACCGUGAUUGUUCGUGAGAACACAGAGUGCCUGGUGAGUUUCCCCUGCGCGCCACUCUGACUGAAGAACGUCGAACUGCGCGCGCAUGCGUUUCUAGGCCGAGAACCCGCGAUGCCGUCUGGAAGGGUGUGGCAUGUUCGUCGAGCUCCGUGCUUGAGUUGCAAGAGCUGAUAUUUGCUGUGCCGGUCCACGCAGUACAUCAAAUCGGAGACUCUGGAGGAAGGUCCUCAGGGUCAGGUUGCAAGGGCCAUCCGACAGAUCACCGAGAAAGCCUCGACGAGGAUUGGACGCAAAGCUUUCGAAGUUGCGCUCGCUCGUCAACAGCUGCGUGAAAAAGCCGGACAAGGAAAUGCUGUGAAUCAGGUCCAGCCUGCUAAAGUGACUGUAUGCCACAAGGUGAGUCUCCGAUGUCGAUUCGCAGUGGCCCCCAUAGCCUCAAGACUCAUUCGCCCAAAUCUCUCAUAUUGCGCCGCGCUUUGCAUCUGCUCUCUGCUGUAGUCGAAUGUCCUGUCGGUGACAGACGGAAUCUUCCGCACCUCUGUGAGGAGCGUCUUCGAGAAGGAUGCCAUCUCUGCCGGAGGUGCAGGUCGAUAUGCCGGUAUAGCGCUCGACGAGCAGCUAGUAGACAGCAUGGUGUACCGACUAUUCAGAGAGCCUCACGUCUUCGACGUUGUGGUCGCGCCCAACCUGUACGGCGACAUUAUCAGCGACGGAGCUGCUGCUCUCGUAGGUUCGCUCGGCGUUGUCUCUAGCGUCAAUGCUGGUGACAGCUUCUUCAUGGUGAGUCAUGAACAUGGCGCGAUCUCGAGCCAAGUGCCUAGAAUGCUAAUUUUGGCCGAUGCUGAUCGUUACAGGGCGAGCCUGUGCACGGCUCUGCGCCAGACAUUGCAGGCCAGAACAAGGCGAACCCCAUCGCAUCGAUCCGGUCAGCCGCCCUGUUGCUCGAAUACAUGGUGAGCCUCUUUCACGCCUUUCACAUCCCAAGCCAAACGAUUUGUCACGCUGAACUUUUCUUUCUGCGACUGCUCUUCGAAAAAAGGGCUACCCUGACCCCGCGCUUCGCAUCUACAAGGCCGUCGACGACGUCAUUCGCGAGGGCAAAGCUCUCACGCCUGAUCUGCGCGGUGUGGCUACCACUUCCGAGUGCGAAGCGGCCAUCAUCAAGGCUCUCACCGCAUGA